AUGGCCAUCGACGCCGAGAAGUCAACGAAGUAUGGUCGCCUGAAUAGUGACGAUGUCGAUUCCGAUUCCGAACGACGUGCUCCCUCCCUGGGCAGCAGAGCUUCAGGAGAGCUGCACGACGAUGAUCGGGUGUUACUCCAGGAGGAAGACGAGCAGCAGGAGCUGCUAUUGAGGAAAGAAACCUCGGGGAUUCAAAGACUCCUUCGUGGUCGUGAGGAUGGGAACAGCGCGGUCGAGAUCGGGAAGAGGGAGAGGAGGAGGCUCGCAAGAGAAGCACGACAAAGUCAGAACAGGAGAAGCCGAGGGCAAGAUAAUGGGCUGAUGUAUGAAAUGGAAGAAGGUGGUCCUGGUUCCGACUUUGCCUCAUCUCGAAGCUCGUCGGAGUCGGAUUUGAGAAAGCUGAGCUUCGCUAACAGUAACUGGACGAAACGUCUCUCAUUAAUUAAACGUAUUGCACUCUAUCUUUCGAUCAUAGCCCUCUUCCUCGUCCUACUCUUUGCCGCAUACAAGGCAACGCAAGCCUCGAAACCUCGCUCUCCCCUUGCAACACUAUCCAACGGAACGUCGCUGUUCGCACCUACCACUAUCAUCGUAUCACUGGAUGGAUUCCGUGCCGAUUUCCUCCAAAGAGGCCUUACUCCAACCCUGAACGCUUUUGUCCGCGAGGGAAUCUCGCCGCUGUACAUGACAGCAAGCUUCCCUAGCGUAACAUUUCCGAACCAUUUUACUUUGGUUACUGGACUCUAUCCCGAAACCCAUGGGAUAGUAGGAAAUACAUUCUGGGAUCCCGAUCUGCAAGAUAGCUUCUAUUACACUGACAAAGAAGCGAUGGACCCGAAAUGGUGGAAUGGAGAGCCAAUCUGGGUCACAGCGGAGAAACAGAGCGUGAGAAGCGCGAUCCACAUGUGGCCGGGCUCAGAAGCCCACAUCGGUGGCAUCGAGCCGACUUUUGUUGACAAGUAUAAUGGUUCUGAAAUCCUUUCGAAGAAGGUCGACAGAGUUCUCGAGCUGCUUGAUUUACCUGGACUGGAAUCAUCCGAUCAUCCGCAACCAAGGCCACAGCUUAUUGCUGCAUAUAUACCUGUCGUAGAUUCGGCUGGACACAAAUAUGGGCCGAAUAGCACUGAUAUCCGGCAGACGAUCCAAAACGUGGAUAACAUGCUAGCAGGCCUAUUCAAUGGUUUGGAAGAGCGCAAUCUAACAGACAUUGUUAACGUCGUCGUUGUUUCCGAUCAUGGUAUGGCUACCACGUCGACGCAGCGACUUAUGCAGUUGGAAGAUCUGGUGGAUGUCUCUCGGAUCGAACACAUCGAUGGCUGGCCCCUAAUUGGUCUUCGCCCGAAAGACCCUGCGGAUCUUGAGGACCUUUACAACCAAAUCAAGGCAAAGGCGGAGACGAAUCCUCAUAUUGAAGUAUAUCUCCGAGAUCGUGAUAUGCCUGAGCGGUAUCACUUCCGAAAUAACGAUCGUAUUGCGCCGCUCUGGAUUGUUCCGGAAGCUGGGUGGGCAAUCGUUAAGAAUGAUGAAUUCAACGUAGCUGAGGGGCUGAUAAACGGCGAUGUUUACCAUCCUCUUGGAUUACAUGGAUAUGACCCCGAGCACCCCUUGAUGCGGGCGAUAUUUGUUGCGCGAGGUCCGGCGUUCCCGCAUAAACCUGAUAGCAGAGUGGAAGUCUUCCAAAACACCGAAGUGUAUAAUAUCAUCUGCGAGUCGAUUGGUAUCGUCCCGAGUCCAAACAAUGGCACUUUACACCUUCCCCUAAAACCGAUUGGCCUACAUUCGGAUGAGGGUGCUCCGACACUAGACCCACCGAAUGACCCGCCGCCUUCAGAGCCCGUGCCCCCAAAGCCCGCGUCUCCAGAACCUGUGCCCCCAAAGCCCGCAUCUCCAAAGCCCGCGUCUCCAAAGCCCGCGUCUCCAGAGCCCGCGUCUCCAGAGCCUGUGCCUCCAGAGCCUCAGCCAGACGUGGUGGCCUCUUCUACAAACGUCGCUACACCCCCCGCAGACGAUUUGCUCCCCACUUCGACGACUAGCCCCGGCUCUGAGGAUGCAACUAAUGAUCCUUCCCAGGAAACACCAGAAGAGCAGGUGAAAGGUUGGAUUGAUUGGGUGCACGGCAAACUGGACGAAUUUAAAUCCUUUGUCAAUGGCGUUCUCGGCGGGUCGGGCUAA